AUGGACUUCCUCACCUCCGCCACCCUAAUUCACCCCUCCGGCGAAACAACCACAUACUACACCGGCGGCUCUCCCGCCGGCACCCCCCUAAUAUUCAUCCACGGUUGGCCCGACCUCGCGCAAUCCUGGCACCACCAACUGCGCUAUUUCACCUCGCCCCCGUUUGACAAGAGAUACUGCGUGUACGCCCUCGACAUGCGCGGCUACGCUAACUCCAGCGGACCACAUCACAAAAGUGCCUAUUCAUUGAAGACACUCGUCAGCGAACUCGUCGACUUCGCGCACCAAUUAAACAUCGACAAAGCAGUCUGGAUCGGCCACGACUGGGGCGCCGCCAUCGUAUCCUCCCUUGCUGCCCACCACCCCUCUCUCUUCCUCGGCAUGACCCUCCUCUGCGUGCCCUACCGCACGCUAGAACUCGGGUUAUUGCACACCCUCUCCCUGAUAAACCGUUCUCUAUACCCUAAAGAAGAGUACCCCUACGGACAAUGGGAAUACAUGGCCGCCUACUCUUCCUCUCCUUCUACCGCCAUGACCGCCUACUCCUCUUUGGAAUUAGAGAAAUGGACCAAGUUGCUGUACGUGAGGCACGAUCCAUCACGCUAUGGGAGACCAGCACAUACGUCCCGCGUGCUGAGGGAUGGCUGGUUCGCCGGGCGUCCUGACCUCAUACCCGAUUUGCCCAUGGAAGCUACGUCUCUCGACCAGCCGCUGUACGAAGCGCUGCUGGAAAGCCAUAGGAAACACGGGUUCUUUCCACCUACGGCGUAUUAUCUUAAUCAUGAAGCGAACGCUGAGUAUGCGAAGAGCGAGGCUGGUGACGGGAAGUUGGAAUUUCCGGUGCUGUAUGUGGAUGCGAAGCAUGAUGCGGUCUGUUCGCCGAGUACGACACCAAGAAUGGCGGACGGCCAGCGGGCAUCUGUGAAAGACUUGACUGUUGAGGUGGUCGAGGCGAGUCAUUGGGUCAUGCUAGAGAAGCCUGCCGAAAUGAAUUCGGCAUUGGAAAGAUGGUUGGGUAGUAGACUUGAGCUAGGGCGCAGUGGAAGUGGUAGUCAGGUGUGA